CGGUAUAAAGCAGAGUGCACAUACGAUUUGCACGCACUGAUAUCAAGAAAAGAGGAAAACAGAGAGAAAUAAAGAGUAAAAGAAAGAAAGAGACAGAGAAAGGGAGAGAGCGAGAGAAAGAGAGAGUGAAAGAAAGAAAGAAAGAAAGAAAGAGAAAGGGAUAUUCGUGCUUGUAAUAAGACACUCGUGAUUUUUACAUUUAUUAUAAUAUAACAAAAUUUAAUUUGUAAUUUCUAAAAAAAAAAAAAAAAAAAAAACUUCGAAAAAUUCAUGUAAAAAGAAGUAUUUAUCAUAGUGCCGUUUUAUUUGUCAUUUCGAUCAAUUUGUUAAUCAUACAGUUCGAUUUAUAUAUCGAAGGAAAAUAUUUUUGCACUUCGUCUCGACUUUUAAAAUCAAAGUGGCUAAUUUCAGACGAAUCCGUAAAGUAUCAGUUUCAUCAUCCAUGAAAUCGACGGUACCUUUUCAACAAUUUAAAAAAUGUAUCAUUUUAUUUAUAGUCGGCAUAAUCUGCAGCAUAUUGAGUUAUACGAUCUAUAUUGUCAAUCCUAUAAAAAAGAUACUGGAUUACAAUUUAGAAAUGAGACCAAACUCAUUAAUUUUUUCGGUAUGGAAAAAGCCUCCCAUCGAAGUAUUCAAUAAAGUAUAUAUUUUCAACAUUACCAAUCCUGUUGAAUUUUUAAAAGGUACGGAGAAACUUAAACUCCAAGAAAUUGGGCCCUAUGUAUAUCAAGAAUUCUUAGAACAUACAAACAUAACGUUUAACGACAACGGCACUUUAACUUAUAUUCCAAGAAGGACUGUAUUCUUCGUACCAGAAUUAUCAAUAAGCGAUCCUGAAAAGGAUUUUGUUUACGUACCAAAUAUUGGAAUGUUGGGCAUAACGUCUGCGUUAUCCGAUGCCGGAUUUUUUACUAAUUAUCUUGUAACACAAUUGACUAAUAUGAUUGGUAGUGAACCCAUACUAAAUUUGACGGCUUAUGAUUUUUUAUGGGGUUACGAUGAUAAUUUAGUAAAAUUAGCGACUGGAAUAUUACCGUCUUAUCUUCACUUUAAAAAAUUAGGUCUCCUUGAUAGGAUGUAUGACGAGGGUGAAAAUAUCGUAAAUAUAAAUAUUCGUAAAAAUGAUGAUAUGAGGGACGAAAAUGGACGUUACUUCAGUAUUCAAACCUAUAAUGGAAGUCCCGGAAUGUCUCAUUGGGGGUAUCGCGAGGAAACAGAAAAUAAAACUUAUCCGGAAAAUACACGGUGUAAUAGUAUUCGAGGUGCUUCAGAAGGUGCUGUGUUUCCACCAAAUUUAGACAAACGUGCUGUCUUUCGAGUUUAUCGAAAAUCUUUUUGCAGAACUGUACCAAUAGUAUUUAAAAAAGAUAUUUACUUUGAUGGAAAUAUUCCAACUUAUCUUUAUGAUAUAUCGGAUGAUUUUUUGGAUCCUCCAGAUAAAAAUCCUGACAACGAAUGUUACUGUCGCAAAUUGAAAAAAUGUUAUAAGAAAGGAUUAUCUGACUUAACGGCAUGUUAUUAUCAUAUUCCAUCAGCUGUAUCUUUACCACAUUUUCUUAGAGGUGAUCCAAGUUUAUUAGAAGAUGUGGAAGGUCUUAAUCCAAAUCCAGAAAAACAUUCUACACGGAUUGAAAUUCAGCCUGACGUAGGUUUGGUGGUAAAAAUAAAUUCAAGAAUACAAUCAAAUCUUGUGAUCCAUAACACGCAAUAUAAUCCUAAAGUCAAACCAUUUAACAAUAAAACGAUACCAUUAUUUUGGUCCGAUUUGACGACUGCACCUUUGUCAAGUAAUUGGUUAUUUCAACUAAGAUUGAUAGUUAUAUCACCUGUCAUACAAACUAUUGUAAUUUAUUUAUUAAUAAUCAGUGGCAUAAUACUGAUCACUUUAUCGCUAAUAUCAUCUAUUUGGAUAAUAAAUCAACAUCGACAUCAACAAUCUGAGUUCAUUAGGAGAGAUAGUGCAGAUUUAAGAAUACCUUUAAAAUAUGAUCAAAAUACGACUAUACACAUUUUACCAAAUAUACAAAAUAUAAAAUCAAAUUCAGACUCAUAUAGUUAAUUGGAGAUAACAAAUACAAAUUUAUGUUAUCACUUCCUUGAUAAUUAAAAUUUUUCUUUGCUAAAAAAAAA